AUGGCAGGGAACUCUCCACCGAGACGGAGUUCACGUGCAAGAACAGUACAGUCACAAUCGCAGUCGCAGCCGCAAUCACAGCAUUCGUCUACAUCCUCGAGUCUCUCGGGUCGACCUGAGCGAAACACCAGAUCCGUCAAUAAGACCGGUUCCCCUCAGAAGUCCACCCCCAGCCUCUCUGACGAGCCGCCCGACGAGUCUGUCGCGAGCACCGACGAUUUGCCCACCAGGCGGCGUCGCACUCGUGCCCAAGGACAAGAAGAGGAACGCGACAAACCACUCCCACAUCGCGACACCAUUGAGAUGGCCGGCGACCCAGACGAACUGCUCGAAGAGGACGACGGCGCUGUCCGUUGCGUCUGUGGCUUCGACGACUAUCCCGGCCCGCCACCGGUGGAUGAUGACAAGAAGCAUGGCCCCAAAGAUUCAAUUGACGUCGAGCCGCUGCUGCCAUCCGACAUUAACGAUGACGUGGCUGGGCUGUUCGUGCAGUGCGACGUUUGUAAUGUCUGGCAGCAUGGUGCUUGCGUCGGAAUUAUGAGUGAGGACACGACACCGGAUGAGUACUACUGUGAGGAGUGUAGGAAAGACCUCCACAAAGUACACAUAGCCAGCAAUGGACAACGCUACUCGCACUACUUUCCUAUCCUUCCUAACCACCGAAAGUCCACCACGCGAUCACGAUCCCCAAAGGACAAAGACAGCAAAGAGAGGGAGACGAGAAGCGGUCGGCAAUCGUCGAUCACUCAGGCAUCCAAGAGAAGAUCUACCAUGAACAGUAGAGACGCAGCUUAUGAUGAGGAGGAGCAGCUUCGCCUCGCCAUUGAGGCCAGCAAGGAGGUUGUUGGCCAAGACAGCGCCAUUGAUAGUGCUAGUGGUAGCAGGAGAUCCAAGCGUGGCCGCGACGACAGUGAAGAGAAACAAGACGCUGGCAAAAGGCAACGGACAAAGUCCAAGUCCCCCUCGCCGGCAGAGGACAACAAUGAGCAGCCAGAUGCCCUCGAAGAUUCCGAAGAAGCCCUAAAUAACAGAAGCGGAUCGAAGAAGUCCCGCAACCUGGUGACUCGCAACCAAGGCCAGCACAAGGAAAAGGAGCGGGAGGAACGUGAGCGCCAAAGGGCUGAAGCAGCAAAAAAGCGUAGCGGUCGAGCAGAACGCCGGCGAGCUGAUGGUAGCACACCCGCAUCUACGAUUCUUGUGAAGGGGCUGGAGGCUCAAGUGGAUACAGAUUCAGACCCCUCGGAGGAGUUGCCAUUGGCAACCCGGACGGUAGCCAGCCGGUCGGCGGGCGAGAAGGCGACGGCGACGGCCACAGCGACGACUACGGCGACAGGAGCGAGCGAGGGCAAGGUGGAGACGACGUUCACAGUCGAGGCACCGCCCUCAUCACAACCAACACCCGAUACGCCCCCAACCCACGCACCCGCUCAAAGCUCAUCGAAGCCCAAACGGGCCCAAGCCAAGAAAGGCAAAGGGAGAAAUCAGUACACCAAGGAUCGAGACGUGCGCGACGAGACUUCUCCAGCGCGGUCUCAGUCAAGAGACGUACAGGGACACGACACUGGACAUGCACAUCAUUCCAAAUCGGGCGAGGCCUCACACAAGCCACACUCACGGACUAAGGGCGGAUUUAAUAGCAAGGUGUCGAUGACUGACAUGAAGCGGAAGGCCAGCGCAAUGCUAGACUACAUAUCCAGAACACAGGUCGAGAUGGCCGGAGAGGCGACACCGCCGAACACCGACAGUCCCAAGUCUGUCGAAGUCGUCGCUCCACAGACCGGCGGGAACGGUGCCCGAUCAGGACAGAAAAAGGCGUCCGAACUUGCUAAUGGCGAAUUGGGCUCCAGCGCUCGCCCGACAGGAGAGCAGAAAGACUUCAAGGAUCUUUCGUCCAUGGAGAUGAUGGCGCGUCUGUCGACCGACCUGGUCAAAUGGCAGCAGGAGUUUGCUUCAUAA